AUGGUUGAUGUGGACCGUAGAAUGACCGGUCUGAACCCGGCUCGGGCUCACUUAGCCGGUUUAAAGCGACUCUCCGCCAGAGCCGCGUCUAUCGCCGCUACAACCACCGUACGUAACGGUCUUCUCUCAUUCUCACCUCUCGCCGAUAAAAUCAUUACCAACCUCCGCAAUUCAGGGAUACAGGUUCAACAAGGUCUCUCCGACGCCGAGUUCGCACGCAUAGAAGCCGAGUUCGGUUUCGUUUUCCCACCGGACCUCAGAGCUGUUCUCACCGCUGGUUUACCCGUCGGAGCUGGAUUCCCUGACUGGCGCGCCACGGGAUCACGGCUUCAUCUUAGAGCCACACUGGAUCUUCCUAUGGCGGCUAUUUCAUUUCAAAUCGCGAGGAACACGAUGUGGGCCCGGUGUUGGGGUCCAAAACCCUCUGAACCCGAAAAAGCUUUGCGGGUUGCAAGAAACGCUCUGAAGAAAGCACCGUUAUUGAUCCCAAUCUUUAACCAUUGCUACAUUCCUUGUAACCCCUCUCUCGCCGGAAACCCUGUGUUUUACGUCGACGAAAAUCGAAUCUUCUGCUGUGGGAUCGACUUAUCAGAUUUUUUCCAACGUGAAUCACCGAAUCGGGGCUCCGAAGUUCGUUCGGGUCCUGUGAUUUUGAAGAAGCAGAGAUCCGUCACAGAGAAGAGCGUUAGUAAUGUUUGUGCAGAAGUGAAUUUCACGCGGAGGAGCCUCGAUGCGGGAGGGAGGACACCUAGAUGGGUAGAGUUCUGGAGUGAUGCUGCUGUUGAUCGACGGCGGAGAAGCUCGUCAUCGCGCGCAGAGUCGCCGGAACGGUUUUUCGAUAUUAGAAAGUUUGAGGUACCGAAAUGGGUUGAGAAAUACGUUGAAGAGAUUGGGUCAGUUUUGAGAAAAGGUGGAUGGAGCGAACCGGAUAUAACCGAAAUGGUGGAAGCUUCUGGUUCGGGUUUUUUUGAAGGUGAUAUGGUUAUGUUGGAUAAUCAAGCGGUGUUGGAUGCUCUUUUAUUGAAAGUGAAUCGGUUUUCGGAUUCGCUUCGGAAAUCUGGGUGGAGCUCCGAAGAGGUUUCGGAGGCUUUAGGAUUUGAUUUUCGACCCGAGAAGGAGCGGAAACCGGUUAAGAAACUGUCACCUGAACUGGUUCAUAGCAUUGAGAAACUUGUGGGAUCGGUUUCUAACUCAUGA